GAUGUGCUCCUGCGGCGCAUCAUGACCCUGAUCGAGCCGGGGGGCGAUGACCACAAGCUGACACCUGCCUUCCUGCUCUGCCUCUGCAUCCAGCACUCAGCCACCAACUUUGAGCCGGGAGACUUCGGGCAGCUGCUGCUGAAAGCGGCCAAAAUGAUCCAGAGGACAGUGUGGGAGCGGACACGGGAGCUGGCUGAAAAGCAGUCCCAGCACCAGGACCCUGCCACCCUGUCCCGCUUCACCAUCACAGACCUUCUCCCAGACCUGCAGCACAUCAUCUUCUGGAUGGCCAAUGCCAUUGAGAUCCUCUACUUUGUCCAGCAGAAAUCACCUACAUACAUCCAGAGCAUGGAGGAGGAGCUAGACAUCAAAGGCUCCAAGGAGUCUCUGUUCUCCUCUACCAUCACAGCCAGUGAGGAGGCAAUGACAGUGCUGGAGGAGGUGAUCAUGUACACCUUCCAACAGUGUGUCUACUACAUCUCCAAGUGUCUGUACGUGUCGCUUCCUGCCCUGCUGGAGUGCAACCCCUUCCAGAGUGAGUGCAGAGAGAGCUGGCGAGCGUCCCCACCACUGCCCGAGGAGCUCCGCAGGGUUGUGCUCAUCUACCAGGCAGUGCUGGACCUGCUCCGCCAGUAUGAAGUGCACCCAGAGAUCACCUCCCAGAUGUUUGCCUACCUCUUCUUCUUCUCCAACACCCUGCUCUUCAACCAGCUCCUGGAUAAGGGCUCCUCUCUUGGCUGCUUCCACUGGUCACAGGGGGUGAAGCUACGAGCCAGCGUGCGGCUGCUCCUGGACUGGCUGCGCAGCGCUGGCUUUGAGCAGCUUGCCCAGCAAUUCUUUGCCAAACUCGCCAGCGUGGCCAACCUGCUGGCCAUGCCUGGCUCCCAGCUGGUGCAGAUGACCUGGCCGUCCCUGCGAGCUGAGUUCCCAGCGCUGAGUCCUGCACAGCUCCACCGGGUGCUGAGCCAGUGCCAGGCAGUGAUGGAUGUGGGCUGCAUCGCGGCGUGGCAGCCUGGCGAGGAGGAGAGCCCAGCCACCUUCCAAACUGAUGAGAUGCUUGAGUCUUUUGACAACCACCCGCCCAUCAUCCUGCCCAGUGGGGGCUUCAGAGUGGACCUGGAGGUGGAGACAUUGGAUGACAACAUCUACCGACACCUCCUUUACAUCCGCCACUUCCUCUGGAGCCUGCAGAGCAAGAGCCCCCAUUCCAGUGAGGGGCCAGGCUCAGCAACCCCAAAGCCACAGCUCCAGGAGAAGCUCAAGCAGCUGCAGCUAGGCAGAGGUCCAGCCCCCAAGGCUGGCACGGCGCCCACAGACUCCUCCUGCCUGCUACCCACCACCCCCCUGAACUUCGAUUCCGGGAGCCCAGAGUCACCGCAGGGCACUGGCAAGGGGCUGCAGGACCCCCGGAGGAAUGGGAUAAACGGCACCAAGGGCAGCACCCCCGAAGGAUGCUCACCGACCCCCUAUGACUACCCCACGCCAGAGUCCUCCAGCCGCAGCUCUGCCACCGAUGACUUCUGCUACGUCUUCGUGGUGGAACUGGAGAGAGGACCCAUCGGGCUGGGGAUGGGGCUGAUCGACGGCGUGCACACUCCUCUCUGCUCCCCGGGACUCUCCAUCGGGGACCGCAUCCUGGCAGUCAAUGGCACCAGCCUCAUCGGGGCAGACUACCAGAGCGCCGUGGACCUCAUCCGCUCCGGAGGGAAGAAGCUGCGGUUUCUGGUUGCCAAGUCAGACACGGAAGUAGCCAAAAAAAUCAGUUCCAGCUCCUCUUCCUCCUAG